AUGGGGACCCCGCGGGCACUGUGGCCACUUGUCUGGGCCGUGCUGCAGCUGGGCUGGCGGCCAGGAUGGCUCCUAGAUGCCCCCAGCAGGCCCUGGAGCCCCCUCACCUUCUCCCCGGCCCGGCUCACUGUGCCCGAGGGGGCGAACGCCACCUUCACCUGCAGCUUCUCCAGCAAGCCCGAGCACUUCGUCCUCAACUGGUACCGCAUGAGCCCCAGCAACCAGACGGACAAGCUGGCCGCCUUCCCCGAGGACCGCAGCCAGCCUGGCCGGGACCGGCGCUUCCACGUCACGCCGCUGCCCGGCGGGCAACGCUUCCACAUGAGCAUCGUGGCCGCCCAGCGCAAUGACAGCGGCGUCUACUUCUGUGGGGCCAUCUACCUGCCACCCAAGACGCAGAUCAACGAGAGCCGGCCUGCGGAGCUCACGGUGACAGAGGGGGUUGUGGAGCUGCCCACAGAGCGCCCCAGCCCCCCGCCCAGGCCCGAGGGCCAGUUACAGGGCCUGGUCACCGGCAUCACAAGCGCCCUGCUGGGGGUUCUGCUCCUGCUGACCUGGGUCCUGGCGGCCGUCUUCCUCUGGGCCACUCGAGGUACCCUCGGAGCCCGGCGACCCGUCCCUCCCUCUCUCCCCAAGGAGGACUCCUCCGCCGGGCCUGCACGCACCGUGGACUACGGGGAACUGGACUUCCAGUGGCGAGAGAAGACCCCGGAGCCCCCGGCCCCCUGUGUCCCUGAGCAGACCGAGUACGCCACCAUCGUCUUCCCGGGCAGGCCGGGCUCCCCAGGCCGCAGGGCUUCCGCAGACAGCCCGCAGGGGCCCUGGCCUCUGAGGACUGAGGACGGACACUGCUCCUGGCCCCUCUGA